CCCAGUAUGCAGCGCGAAUCCACCUACCUAGCAUCCUAAAGAAGAUGGCCAUGCAGACAGCGCCUGGGGACAGACGGCACGACUCAUUAAAAGUCUGGGUAGCAAUGAAAAGAUUCGACCUUAACGAUAGCAGAAUAAUCUCACUGAAGGAAAUCCAUAUUCCCUGUGGUUCAGAAUCAGCAGCUGUGAAAGAGAUUCUUUGCCACUCCUUCAGACUCAACAGUUCCACCGCUGUAUUCAAGAUGCGCAACAUUAAUGGAUCCUUGAUACCAAUAAACAGUGACUUAACAGAAAACAACAAGCACAAGCCUUACAUCUUGGAGGUGGUGAACACUUUCCAACAUGUUGUCCCCAGAUCUCGCACAGUUGCUGUCACAGUUAUUAAUAAAAGCAUGAAGAACAGACUGCAGAACAUCACAAGGAGGAUCGAAAGACUGGAAGAACUUGUGCCUGAAAUAAAGCUGAGACACCAAGAGAAAAUCAAUCAGGAGAUGGAGUUCCUGAGGCAGAAGCUUGUAUUUCUGAACCAGAGAAUGCAGAUGGCUGAUUCCCAUUCCUGGACUGGCAUGUUCAGACGACCACCCCUGUGGUGACAUCCAGCGGACAUUCACCUGCUCCAAGGCCUCCCAUUUUGCUUAUUUAACAUAGUGAGAGGUUUUAAAAUGAUAAAUGUUUCAGCUUGAAGUUCUACGUAGUAUCUAGCUGUGAACCAAGUGUGCCAAUAUUGGGCUUUCUUCAGCAAGAAAUUGUGCUUCAAAAUGAAAAAUGGCGACUCAGGCUGUUAUGUUAUGUAGAGCAGCAACAGAUGGGCCAGAUGGGGGGGGGGCGUUUAAAAAAGUACCCCAGACUGUAGAGGAAAAUGAAAUGUCGUUGAGUACUUUAAAGGAUGUCUCCACUCAUGGUGUAUUGUUUUGAUGUGGAAUGUAGAACAAGUCAUGUAUUGCAACAAGAACAUAUAAAGAUUUUGGAAGGAUAAGAAGUUGAGACACCCUGGUGAAUGCAGGGCCUUCUGGGCACUUCAGUAAAGUUGGAAUGAAUGUAUCAGCGCUCAUGUAAUGCCUUCUCUCACAAAUCAGUUUAGUCAGCUGUCGAGCUGCUGGUUUUCCUAAACUAAUCUGUUCCUGAAAACCCCACCAUAAGGUGAAUUUUCAUAGCACCAACAUGUCAUUACUAUUUCACCAGGACCUACCCACAUAAAAAGACUCACAUAACACCACAAUACAUUAAACCUGACAAAAUUAGAUUACAAACAU